AUGAGUUCGUUUCUUAUGGGAUAUCCGCAUCACCAUAUUCAAUCGAUGGGCAUCAAUAUCGAGCCCAAAUUUCCUCCAAGCGAAGAUUACAGUGGGUUUCACAAUGGAUAUGGCUCGGUCAAUGGAAUCACGCAGGCUGGAACACCAGAGUACUUGCAUCAUUCCCAGCAAGAUCCUCUUCAUCAUACUAGUGCGACAAGUGUGGUUAGUGGUGCAAAUAGUGCAGGAGCGAAUGGGUUACUGGGCAACGCGGCCAGUGGUGUCGGUGGUGCUGCAGGCGGAUACAACGGUUACUCACCAUCCAUGGCCGGCCACUAUUAUCACCACCCUUCGCAUCAUCAUCACCACCACCAUCCACACGGCCAUCACCCACAUAAUGGGUAUGUGUCACCUGUGCAAAUGCAACCGGCGCCCGCGGCUACUAUUGCGCCAUCCACCGUCCUCCCAACAACAGCUUCUUCCACGAUCUCGUCCAGCUCUAUUGCGAAUCAUAACAAUUCCUAUUCCAAUGUGUCUGCCGGAUAUUACGGCGGAUACUAUGGAGCGCCUCAAGGGCAUCAAUCCCUCAUGGACACACCGCUACAUUGCGCUGGGUCGGAGGUUAGCAAUACAGCGCUCGGUUUACAGGAGCUUGGGAUGAAAUUGGAUAGACGAAUAGAAGAGGCGGCUCCGGCAGGACAACAGCUGCAGGAACUUGGGAUGAGGCUACGCUGUGAUGAUGCUAGUUCCGAUCAGGAUGAGUUUCUCGAUGAGGAACGCAUGAUGCUCGAUCGAUCGCCCGAAGAGCUGGACUCCAACGAUGGUGAUUUGGACGAGUUGGACUCGGAUAAUGAUCUCGCAGACGAUCUGAUGCACGCAACCAGCGAUGGCGAAAGAAUCAUCUAUCCUUGGAUGAAAAAAAUUCACGUCGCCGGCGUCGCGAAUGGAUCCUAUCAACCGGGCAUGGAACCGAAGCGACAGCGCACGGCAUAUACUCGUCAUCAAAUUCUAGAGCUUGAGAAGGAGUUUCACUACAACCGCUACCUAACGCGACGCAGGCGAAUAGAGAUUGCGCACACAUUGGUGCUAUCGGAGCGACAGAUAAAAAUCUGGUUCCAAAAUCGUCGCAUGAAAUGGAAGAAAGACAAUAAACUUCCGAACACGAAGAACGUUCGGAAGAAAAAUGGAGAUCAGAGCAAAUCCGGCGCUUCUGCCAACGGGCAAACUGGUGGCACUGGUGGGAAUGCGCCGGCGAAAAAGACUCGUAAAUCGAAUGGGUCAGCAGUCAACGGCAAAUCGAAACAGCAACAACAAAGUCUUCAAAGUGAAUGCCUUCGAACAGAUAGCUUAGAGAGUAUGAGUGAUGUCCAUGGUACAAUAAAUGCUCCUCAUAAUGGAGCGUCAUCGUACAUUUCGGGAGCUGACGUAACCGGAAUGGUAGCGCUAACGAAUGGAUCAAGUGCCAGCAAUGGUUCUAACAGCAACCUCGAUCUUCUCUCGCAACACCAGCAUCAACAGCAGCAGCAGCAGCAGCAGCAGCAGCAGCAGCAGCAACAACAUCACCACCACCAUCAUCAACAGCAUCAACAGGGUCAUCAACAGCAUUCACACCAAUCCCACCCAAUUAACACUCAAAAUACCAACAACAACAAUAACAAUAAUAAUAAUAGCAACGCAACCAACAACAUGAAUGGUGUCAUCGGCAGCUCACAUUCCAUAAGCAUUAAAAACGAUUAUGAUCUAACUGCACUGUAG